AUGGACCCCCGAUCGGCAGUGGCAGAGGCCUGGCCCGAGGAGCUCGGGGAAGAGGGAAGCCAGCCAGCAGGGGAACCUGGGAGUUUUAUCUAUUUACCAACUCUUCUCUGGGCUGGCUUCUUCUCUAACCCAGGCGACGUGGACAAGGCUCUGAAAUACCUGGAGGACAGCCAGAUCCUCACCUACCACUACGGAAUCCCGACCUCUCUCCGGAAGACAGGCCAGCAGUGGGACUUCCCCAACGCCUGGGCCCCCCUGCAGGACCUGGUCAUCAGAGGUCUGGCCAAGUCUCCUUCAGCCAGAGCCCAGGAAGUGGCUUUCCAGCUGGCCCAGAAUUGGAUCCGCACCAACUUUGAUGUCUACUCCAGGAGGUCAGCCAUGUACGAGAAGUAUGACAUCAGCAACGGUGGACAGCCGGGUGGUAGAGGGGAGUAUGAAGUUCAGGUGAGUGGCCCAUAUCCUACAGGGACCUUUGGGGCUCUGCUUCCCCACAACUGA